GCUCAGGACAAAGCACGUCCAGAGGUCCGAAAAGCGGGCUUGCUCUCUCUCCACCUGCUCUGUUCCUGUCACGGUGUCAGAAGGCAGCAAAAAUGAAAAGCAUUUACUUUGUGGCCGGAUUGUUUGUAAUGCUGGUACAAGGUAGCUGGCAACGCUCCCUUCAAGACACAGAGGAGAAAUCCAGAUCAUUCCCAGCUCCCCAGACAGACCCGCUCAAUGAUCCAGAUCAGAUGAAUGAAGACAAGCGCCAUUCUCAGGGCACGUUCACCAGUGACUACAGCAAGUAUCUGGACUCCAGGCGUGCUCAGGAUUUCGUGCAGUGGUUGAUGAGCACCAAGAGGAACAAGAAUAACAUUGCCAAACGUCAUGAUGAAUUUGAGAGACAUGCUGAAGGGACCUUUACCAGUGAUGUAAGUUCUUAUUUGGAAGGCCAAGCUGCCAAGGAAUUCAUUGCUUGGCUGGUGAAAGGCCGGGGAAGGCGAGAGUUCCCGGAAGAAGUCGCCAUUGUUGAAGAAUUACGCCGCCGACACGCCGACGGCUCUUUUUCUGAUGAGAUGAACACAGUUCUUGAUAAUCUUGCCACCCGGGACUUUAUAAACUGGCUGCUUCAGACCAAAAUUACCGAGAGGAAGUAAGUAUGUCACUCUUCAAGAUCAUCUUCACAUCACCUGCCAGCCACGUGGGAUAUUUGAAAUUUUAAGUUCUGUAAAUUUAAGAGAUGUAUUCUGAAACCAUAUUGCUUUGCAUGCCAAUAAAUAAAUUUUCUUUUAAUGUUGUGUAGCCAAAGAUUGUACAUGGAAUAAACCAUUGUCGAAAUAUUGCUAAAAUACCAACUUUAAAAUAUGAAAAUGCAGAAUUCUCUCAUUUUCUUAUUUUGGAUGAAGUACCCUAACCUGCUUACAUCAACAAUGAAAUUAUUUUUCUGUGGUAUAAUUUGUACAUAUAAAUUAUUUCAAUCACAAUAUAUCUGCAUUGUAAUGGUAGGAUAAGGGAGGACUAGUAGCCACAGUGGUAAAACUGGAAAGAGACAUUCCUCUUAAAACGUUUGUCAUAAAAGUGCUCCGCUUUCAAUAUAUCAAAGGUGGAUAAAUAAAAUUUUCAAGCUUCU